CAUUCGCAAAGGUUGUAGUGUGGCCUUAUCUCCCUCUCACUCUCACUCCUCUCUAUCGCUCUAUAUUAAACCUACAGAGGCCGCCCCCUUCAUCACUCUCAUUUAUCCAGACCUAAAUUAUCUUUGAGCCUCUCUGCCUCUCUCAUUAUCCUCUAUCUUCUUCUUCUUCUUUUUCUUCUUCUUUUUCUCUUGGGACUUUCAACGAGCACGUUGGGGUCAAAGAGAUAAGAGAAGAAAGAAGGGCGAGUUAGAGCGAACAGAGCAAAGCCGCUUCUGCUAUAGUUGCAGAAAUGACUUCUAUUAUAGGCGUUUCUUCUAUCUAUCCCCAGACUCCAUGUAGUGAGCUUUACAGAAGAGCAGCAGCUUCAACGACAACAACAACAGCUACAACUAGCAGCCCUUCUCUUUCUCUUGCGUUUCCAGAGAGGCCUCACUUUAACAGUGUUUUGAGAGCCAAGAGUGGCCUGGUCAGGCAGUCUAGUCUUGUUGCUUCAGCUAUUGCAACGCCCAAUUCGGUGCUCAGUGAAGAGGCGUUCAAAGGGCUUGGUGGCUUCUCUAAAGACUCUCUGGACUCGGACUCGGAAUAUGACUCUGAAACUGAGCCAGCUUCUGCCGCCGGUGAUGAUGAUGAGCUCGCUCUUUCCAAAUUGGGUUUGCCUCAGCGCCUCGUCGACAGCCUUGAGAAACGUGGCAUUUCAAGCCUUUUCCCUAUUCAGAGGGCUGUGCUAGUACCUGCAUUGGAAGGUCGAGAUAUCAUUGCUCGUGCAAAGACUGGGACUGGAAAGACAUUAGCCUUUGGAAUUCCAAUACUGAAGCGCCUCACAGAGGAUGAUGAACAGAGAAGUUCUCAUAGGCGGACUGGUUAUCUUCCUAGAGUUCUGGUCCUUGCACCUACUCGGGAGUUAGCGAAACAAGUGGAAAAAGAGAUUAAAGAAUCUGCACCUUAUCUAAACACUGUUUGUGUUUAUGGUGGGGUUUCGUACAUAACACAACAAAGUGCUCUCUCGCGUGGAGUUGAUGUGGUGGUUGGAACUCCUGGUCGAAUUAUUGACCUGAUAAAUGGUAACAGCCUCAAACUGGGCGAAGUUCAAUAUUUGGUACUCGAUGAAGCUGAUUCAAUGCUUGCUGUUGGAUUUGAGGAGGAUGUGGAAGUAAUUUUACAAAAGCUUCCAACUCAGAGGCAAAGCAUGCUGUUUUCUGCAACUAUGCCUGCUUGGGUGAAAAAACUAGCACGGAAAUACUUGGACAACCCAUUGACGAUUGAUUUGGUUGGUGACCAAGAGGAGAAGCUUGCAGAAGGGAUCAAACUUUAUGCUUUAUCAACCACUGGAUCUUCAAAGCGGACCAUUCUUAGUGACCUUAUAACGGUUUAUGCAAAGGGUGGGAAGACCAUUGUUUUUACACAAACAAAACGAGAUGCUGAUGAAGUCUCAAUGUCAUUAACAACUAGCAUAGCUUCUGAGGCAUUGCAUGGAGAUAUAUCACAGCAUCAAAGAGAGAGAACAUUAAAUGGUUUUCGGCAAGGGAAAUUCACUGUGCUUGUUGCCACUGAUGUUGCAUCCCGUGGACUUGAUAUUCCCAAUGUUGAUUUGGUGAUCCACUAUGAACUUCCCAAUGAUUCAGAGACAUUUGUGCAUCGUUCUGGGCGUACUGGACGUGCAGGGAAACAAGGUACUGCCGUUCUGAUGUUUACUAACAACCAGAGGAGAACAGUUAGAACUCUUGAGCGUGAUGUGGGGUGCAAGUUUGAGUUUGUUAGUCCACCAACUAUUGAAGAAGUUUUAGAGUCUUCUGCUCAGCACGUGGUUGCUACUCUCAGUGGAGUUCAUCCUGAAUCUGUACAAUUUUUCACACCAACUGCACAGAAAUUGAUUGAUGAACAGGGAACAAAUGCCCUUGCUGCUGCACUAGCACAGUUGAGUGGAUUUUCUCGACCUCCAUCAUCCCGGUCCCUUAUCACUCAUGAGCAGGGAUGGACGACAUUGCAAAUUAUUAGAGAUCCAGCUUUUGCCAGAGGGUUCCUGUCUGCUAGAUCUGUCACUGGGUUUCUUUCAGAUGUUUAUUCUGCAGCAGCUGAUGAAGUAGGAAAAAUACAUAUAAUUGCAGACGAAAGGGUUCAAGGAGCAGUUUUUGAUCUUCCAGAAGAGAUUGCAAAAGAGUUACUAAAUAGACAAAUACCUCCUGGAAACACUAUUUCCAAGAUAAACAAGUUGCCAGCUCUGCAAGAUGAUGGGCCAGUGAAUGACUACUAUGGCAGAUUUUCAGGCAGAGAUCGGAAUAGUCGACGGGGAGGUUCUAGGGAUCGUCAAGGAUCAUCAGGUUUUAGAAGUUCCAGGGGUUGGGGUUCUAGUGAUGGUGCCGAUGAUUCAUUUAGGAGUGGUGGUAGAGGUGGUGGUAGAGGUGGUGGUCGAAGUUUUGGAAAUAGCAACAGCCAAUCUCGGACUUCAAGAAGCACAGAUGAUGAUUGGCUUAUUGGAGGUAGACCAUCAAGCAGGUCAUCAUCCCGAGACAGUUCCAGAAGCUUUGGAGGUUCCUGUUUCAAUUGUGGGAGGUCUGGCCACAGGGCAUCAGAAUGCCCUACCAAGCAAGGAUAUUAGAUGUGCAUCCAUAAAUAUCAGUUUUGCAGAACCGCUGGUGGGUUACGUGCAUCCUUAAACAUCAGUUUUCCAGCACCGUGGUGGGUUAGAGGCUGCUGCUGCCACCGCUAUUUUGUGUUUGUGGGGCAUCCGUGGUCAAGGAGAUUGGGAGAUGCUGCUACUCCAGCGUGUUUACAAGAAUCAAAUUGAACGAGACUUCUAAAAGAGCUAUAGGAAUUAAUUUUGAACUGCUCUCUCCCUCUCACGAAUGUAUUUUGUUUGACAUUAUAAUCAGUGAAUGUAGGUGUGUUUUUAAAUUUACGUAGGUGGUAAACAUUUCUUGAAGAAAAAGUUAUGUCUCAUGUCCUAAAGUUUGAAUU